AAGGUCACCAAAGUUGAGAUCAGGACCACACUGGAGUCACCUGGGAAAUACAAUCAUGACUUCCAAAAAGCCUGAGAUUGGCUUCGUCGGCCUUGGUGCCAUGGGAUUUGGAAUGGCCUCCAAUCUAGUCAAGCAAGGAUAUCCCGUCAAAGGCUACGACGUCUUUCCUUCAUCAGUGGAGCGAUUCAAAGCUGCUGGUGGAAUUCCGGCAGCUUCUUUGAGGGAUUCGGCGGAGGGAAAGCAGUACUAUAUCUGCAUGGUCGCAUCGCCACCUCAAGUACAGGAUGUGUUGUUCAAUCUAGAAACGGGAAUUAUAGGUGUACUCCCCAAAGGUGCGACAUUUCUGCUUUGUUCCACGGUUUCAUCAGCAUACGCUCAAUCGGUCGAGAAAGAAUUCAAAGCCCGCGGAAGAGACGAUAUACUGUUCAUUGAUAGCCCGGUAUCUGGCGGAGCUGGUCGUGCAGCCGACGGGACACUAUCAAUAAUGGCUGGUGGAAGCCCGGCUGCCCUUUCUCAAGGGCACUUUCUUCUUCAGGAAAUGUCCGAUGCGAAGAAACUGUACUUGGUGCCGGGUGGGAUUGGGGCAGGUAGUAAUAUGAAAAUGGUACAUCAAGUUCUUGCGGCUAUCCACAUUGCUGGUGUUAGCGAAUCUAUGGGACUUGCGGCACGAUUGGGAUUAGACGCUUAUGUCGUCAAGGAUGCAAUCAUCAACUCGGAUGCAUGGACAUGGAUGCAUGAAAAUCGUAUCAAGAGGAUGUUAGAAGAAGAUUGGAAUCCAGGAGCAAGUGCCAUGACAAUCAUUCUCAAAGACGUGGGUAUCAUCACAUCUACUGCGAGACUACACAAAUUCCCGACACCAUUAGCAUCGUCUGCAGAACAACUCUAUCUAACGAGCCUUGUCCACGGAUAUGGUCCCAAGGAUGAUUCGUCACUUGUUCGUAUGUAUUUCCCAGACCCGAUCGUCAAUGUGAAGUGUACUCUAUCACCAGAAGAGACAUCACGAAGAGUUCAAAUGGUCAUCAAGUGCAUGCAAUAUACAAACAUUGUUGCAGCAGCUGAAGCUGUUGCUUUCGCGCGGUACCUGAAUGUGGACAUGAAACAAUUCUAUGACCUGGUCAUCAACGCCGCUGGUGGAAGCAGGAUGUUUAACACACUUGGGGUGACAAUGGGCGAAGGGAUACUGAAGGAGAAAGCGCCGGAGGGAACAUUGAGCAUUGACGAUAUUGUCAACGAGCUUAGUGCUAUUGUGCAAGAAGCGAGGGACUCAUUUACACCCUUGCACCUAGCUACCGAAGCAUUAACUCAGUACCUUGUCGCACAACGACGUGGAUGGGGAUCUGAGGCGGCGACGAGUAUCAUCAGGGUAUGGGAGAACUAGAUAAUCCAGCAAAUAAUGUGAGACUGGUUAGUGCUGUAAUUGAACAGAUUAUGUGUGUUUCACUAUUCUCCUAUUUUAAGUCUACACAUAGCAAUGACGGGACCUCAAUUCAGAGAUGGUUUAUCAAUCUACCGGCUAUUUGAAGACACAAACAUCCUUUAUAAGAAUACUACAAAUUUUAAGCC